GUUACUACUAGUUCCGGGAUCGCGAUUACAUCACACUGACCACACACCAAUUACGCAAGCAGGAUGUAUCCUUGCCGGUAGCCCGUAGUCACCACAGCGCAGGCGCGGUAGGGAUCGGUCGCUCGUGUUUGCGGCUGCUCGGGCUCGGUGUCACCGGACUGGGGCAUUUGGUGGCAGAGGAUGGAGAAUGGGGACUACCAUACCUACCAAAACAUCAGGGGAGAGUGUGAGCCCGGGUGGGCGGAGCUUGCAGACCUGUCUACACGUGGUGGGCUUCCUGGAUUUAUUUGGUGUUAGCAUGAUUGUGCCAUUGUUAAAUCAUCAUGUGAAAUCACUUGGAGCAAGCCACACUACAGCAGGGAUAAUAGGUUCCUGCUACGGCGUACUGCAGCUGUUUUCCAGCUCUAUAGUGGGAAGUUGGAGUGAUGUAGCUGGAAGACGGUAUUCCCUAAUUUGUUGCAUUGUAGUCAGUGCUUUGGGAUACGCUCUUCUUGGCGUAUCCACAAACAUCUAUAUAUACAUUAUUGCUAGAAUACCUAUAGGAAUUUUUAAGCACUCGCUUUCUAUAUCAAAAGCAUUCCUUGCGGACCUGGUGUCAGAAACAGAGCGCCCCCUGGUAAUGGGAAGAUUUAAUGCUGCUUCCAGCAUGGGUUUCAUUCUGGGUCCAGUGGUUGGUGGUUGUCUUACAGAACUGCCUGGUGGAUUUUAUAUUACCUCAUUCCUAUGCGCUUCCAUAUUUGUUAUAAAUGCAGGUCUUGUUUGGACAAUGCCACGGGCUGACCUAACAAGGGAUACAUCCUAUUCCAGUCCUUCAAGUAUUAGCAAAAGGACGACCAAUAUGUCUUCUGCAAAGUCUGACCUCCUGUUGAAGACUUCCGAAGAGAAUGGCAGAGCUGUCAAUACUUACUCUGCACAGGCUAUUUGGACUCAGGUGGUUUCUGCAUCUAGGAAAGUUACUAGAGUUGCUUUGUCUGAUAUGUGGGACAUCUUUUUAGUACGUUUGCUAAGUGCUAUUGCUGUCAUGUUGUACUACAGCAAUUUUUCCUUGGCGAUGGAAGAAAGAUUCCAUAUGACUCCCAAGAUGACUGGCUACUUAAUAAGCUAUGGCAGUGCCCUUGGAGUUCUUGCUGGCUUUUCACUUGGACCUCUUUCCAGCAUUUAUAAGCAUAACUCAUACAUGAUGCUGUUACAUUCUAGCAUUGUUACAUUUGUAUCUAUACUGGUGUAUUCACUGACACCAAAGAUGUGGGUGGUUGUCUUAUCAUCUACCUUUUUGGCAUUUUCUACAACUGUAGGGCGGACAUGCGUUGUGGAUAUAGAACUUACCCAAGGUAACAAACAUGGAAGUGGUACACUUAUAGGUGUUGGACAGUCUGUAACAUCGGUGGGGCGCAUAAUUGUUCCGCUCUUCUCGGGAAUAGCACAAGAAUAUAGUCCAUCUGGACCACCCCAGAUUGGUGCAAUAUUGGCAUUAUCAUCUAUGUUUCUUAUGUACAAAAGUAAAUCACGCUACUCUGUCGAUUCAGGCAAAAGAGUGAAAGUGGAAUGAAACAUCUACAUUUGAAAAACAGCCAAGAUAAGUUAAAUCUUUGACUCUCAGUAAUGGAGAAAGAAAUGCAUUAAGGGAUAAUUCCUUUACUGUUGCCAACCAGUCAUAAAAUAGGUAGCAGCGAGGACAGAAAACAUCACAUAACUAUAUCUCUCUAUGUGCACAUUUGCUAGGAAUGUUACUAGCCCGAUGUGCAUAUAUGUGAAUGUUACAAUCUACCUAUCGCAGACCAAAUUUGUGUUACUUGCACGAAUGCCGAUAGAUUGAGUUCCUGAUAUUUUAUUUGACUGUAUUGUUUUGGAUUUUUAGAUAAGAGUUUUCAAAUGGAAAUAUUGUAUGUUAAUAUAAUCUACAAUCAACAGCUUUUAUGUAAAAGAGAAAUUGUAUUAGUGUAAUUGUUAAAAUAUUGGUUUCUGUGAAAUCUGUAUGCCAUGCUAUAUAAAAUUAUAAUAUAUUCCCCC